GCAGGAGGAGAAGACAGGCCCGGGUCGGGGCGCUCGGCGGCGGAGGAGACAGCGGGGAUCAUGGCCGCGCAGGUCGCCCCCGCCACCGCCAGCAGCCUGGGCAACCCGCCGCCGCCGCCGCCGCCCUCGGAGCUGAAGAAAGCGGAGCAGCAGCAGCAGCAGCGAGAGGAGGCGGGGGGCGAGGCGGCGGCGGCGGCGGAGCAGCAGCGCGGGGAGAUGAAGGCAGCGGCCGGCGGCCCGGAAAGCGAGGGCCCCGCCGGGGGGCCGCCGCCGCCGCUCGGCAAGGAGCUCCAGGACGGGGCCGAGAGCAACGGGGGCGGCGGCGGCGGGGCCGGCGCGGAGCCGGACCUCAAGAACUCCAACGGGAACGCGGGGCCCAGGCCCGCCCUGAACAAUAACCUCCCGGAGCCGCCCGGCGGCGGUGGCGGCGGCGGCGGCGGCAGCGGCAGCAGCGACGGGGUGGGGGCGCCGCCGCCACCGCCUCCUCACUCGGCCGCCGCCGCGGCCGCCCUGCCGCCCCCCGCCUACGGCUUCGGGCAGACGUACGGCCGGAGCCCGUCGGCCGUGGCCGCCGCCGCCGUGGCCGCCGCUGUCUUCCACCAACAUGGCGGACAACAAAGCCCUGGCCUGGCAGCGCUGCAGAGCGGCGGCGGAGGCGGCGGCGGCGGCCUGGAGCCCUACGCGGGGCCCCCGCAGAACUCGCACGGCGACCACGGCUUCCCCAACCACCAGUACAACUCCUACUACCCCAACCGCAGCGCCUACCCGCCGCCCCCCCAGGCCUACGCGCUGGGCUCCCCGAGAGGCGGCGCCCCGGGCCCGGCCUCGGCCGCCGCCGGCUCCAAGCCGCCCCCCGCGUCCAGCGCCUCGGCCUCGGCAGCGGCCGCCGCCGCCGCGUCCUUCCCUCCGCAGCGCUUCGGGGCCAUGGGCGGAGGAGGCCCCGCGGCGGCCGCCGGGGGCACCCCGCAGCCCACGGCCACCCCCACCCUCAACCAGCUGCUCACGUCGCCCAGCUCGGCCCGGGGCUACCCGGGCUACCCCGGCAGCGACUACGGCGGGGGCGGGCCCCAGGACGGGGGCGCCGCCAAGGGCCCCGCGGACUUGGCCUCGUACGCGGGCAGCGGCCAGGCCUGGGGGUCGGCCGCUUCGGGAGCCGGCCAACAAAGGAGCCACCACGCGCCCAUGAGCCCCGGGAGCAGCAGCGGCGGCGCCGGGCAGCCGCUCACCCGGACCCCGCAGCCAUCCAGUCCAAUGGAUCAGAUGGGCAAGAUGAGACCUCAGCCGUAUGGUGGCAGUAACCCAUACUCACAGCAACAGGGACCUCCAUCAGGACCACAGCAAGGACAUGGAUACCCAGGACAGCCAUAUGGAUCCCAGACUCCUCAGCGGUACCCCAUGACCAUGCAAGGCCGGGCACAGAGUACAAUGGGCAGCCUCUCUUAUGCACAGCAGAUUCCUCCUUACGGUCAGCAAGGUCCCAGCGGGUAUGGCCAGCAGGGCCAGAGUCCAUAUUACAACCAGCAAAGUCCUCACCCACAGCAGCCGCCCUAUUCCCAGGCACCACCAUCUCAGACUCCUCAUGCCCAGCCUUCCUACCCACAGCAGCCUCAGUCACAGCCGCCGCAGCUCCAGGCCGCCCAGCCUCCUUACUCUCAGCAGCCAUCCCAGCCUUCUCAUCAGCAGUCCCCAUCUCCAUAUCCCCAGCAGCAGUCGACAGCACAACAGCACCCCCAAAGCCAGCCCCCCUACUCCCAACAGCAGGCACAGUCACCCUACCAGCAGCAGCCACCUCAGCAGACAGCCUCUGCAGCCCUCUCUCAGCAGUCUGCGUACCCUCAGUCCCAGGCACAGCAGCCACAACAAACUGCCUAUUCCCAACAGCGCUUCCCUCCUCCCCAGGAAUUAUCUCAAGACUCAUUUGGGUCUCAGGCAUCCUCAGCCCCUUCAAUGGCUUCCAGUAAAGGAGGGCAAGAAGAUAUGAACCUGAGUCUUCAAUCAAGACCCUCUAGCUUGCCAGAUCUGUCUGGCUCGAUAGAUGAUCUCCCCAUGGGGACAGAAGGAGCUCUGAGCCCUGGUGUGAGCACUUCAGGGAUUUCCAGCAGCCAAGGAGAACAGAGUAACCCAGCUCAGUCUCCUUUCUCUCCUCAUACCUCCCCUCAUCUGCCUGGGAUCCGAGGGCCUUCCCCCUCCCCGGUGGGCUCUCCUGCCAGUGUUGCUCAGUCUCGCUCAGGACCACUCUCACCUGCUGCAGUGCCAGCAGGCACCCAGAUGCCACCUCGGCCGCCCAGUGGCCAGUCAGAUAGCAUCAUGCAUCCUUCCAUGAACCAGUCAAGCAUUGCCCAGGAUCGAGGCUACAUGCAGAGGAAUCCUCAGAUGCCCCAGUACAGCUCCCCUCAGCCUGGUUCUGCCUUAUCUCCACGUCAGUCCUCAGGACAGAUGCACGCAGGCAUGGGCUCCUAUCAGAACUCCAUGGGGAGCUAUGGGCCCCAGGGGGGUCAGUACGGCCCCCAAGGAGGCUACCCCAGGCAGCCAAACUAUAAUACCCUGCCCAACGCCAACUAUGCAAGUGCAGGGAUGGCGGGGAGCAUGAACCCCAUGGGUGCUGGGGCUCAGAUGCAUGGCCAGACCGGCAUGCCACCCUACAGUGGCCUACCCCCAGGAAGGAUGAGUCACGCCUCCAUGGGCAGUCGGCCUUACGCUCCCAACAUGGCCAACAUGCCGCCUCAGGUUGGGUCGGGGAUGUGCCCCCCACCUGGGGGCAUGAACCGGAAAGCACAAGAAACCGCCGUUGCCAUGCAUGUUGCUGCCAACUCCAUCCAAAACAGGCCUCCAGGCUAUCCCAAUAUGAAUCAAGGGGCCAUGAUGGGAACUGGGCCUCCUUAUGGGCAAGGACUUAACAGUAUGGCUGGCAUGAUCAACCCUCAGGGUCCCCCCUAUCCUAUGGGUGGGAAUAUAGCCAACAAUUCAGCAGGGAUGGCAGCUAGCCCAGAGAUGAUGGGUCUCGGGGAAGUCAAAUUAACGCCAGCCACCAAAAUGAACAACAAGGCAGAUGGAACACCUAAACCCGAGUCCAAAUCCAAGAAGUCCAGUUCCUCCACCACCACCAAUGAGAAGAUCACCAAGUUGUACGAAUUAGGGGGUGAGCCUGAGAGGAAGAUCUGGGUGGACCGUUAUCUUGCCUUCACGGAAGAGAAAGCAAUGGGCAUGACCAACCUGCCUGCUGUGGGCAGGAAACCCUUGGACCUCUACCGCCUCUACGUGUCUGUGAAGGAGAUUGGCGGAUUGACUCAGGUCAAUAAGAACAAGAAGUGGCGUGAACUGGCCACCAACCUCAACGUGGGCACCUCAAGUAGUGCGGCCAGCUCCUUGAAGAAGCAGUACAUCCAGUGUCUCUAUGCGUUUGAGUGCAAAAUUGAGCGGGGAGAAGACCCGCCCCCAGAUAUCUUUGCAGCCGCAGAUUCCAAGAAGUCCCAGCCCAAGAUCCAGCCACCAUCCCCAGCGGGGUCAGGGUCCAUGCAGGGGCCACAAACCCCUCAGUCAACCAGCAGUUCCAUGGCAGAAGGAGGAGACUUGAAGCCACCAACUCCAGCAUCCACCCCACAUAGUCAGAUGCCCCCUUUGCCAGGCAUCAGGAGCAACUCUGUGGGGAUCCAGGAUGCCUUUACUGAUGGAAGUGACCCCACGUUCCAAAAGCGAAAUUCCAUGACUCCGAACCCUGGGUACCAGCCCAGCAUGAAUACCUCUGACAUGAUGGGGCGCAUGUCCUAUGAGCCAAAUAAGGAUCCUUACGGCAGCAUGAGGAAAGCUCCAGGAAAUGAUCCUUUCGUGUCCUCAGGGCAGGGCCCCAACAGUGGGAUGGGGGACCCCUACAACCGUGCCACAGGCCCUGGUUUGGGGAAUAUGGCAAUGGGACAGAGGCAACAUUACCCCUAUGGAGGCCCCUACGACAGAGUGAGGGCGGAGUCCGGACUAGGGCCCGAGGGAAACAUGGGCACGGGGGCCCCACAGCCAAACCUCAUGCCUUCCAACCCGGACUCGGGGAUGUACUCUCCCAGCCGCUACCCCCCGCAGCAGCAGCAGCAGCCACAGCAGCAGCAACAGCCGCCGCAGCCACGACACGAUUCCUAUGGCAAUCAGUUUUCCACUCAAGGCACCCCUUCCGGCAGCCCAUUCCCCAGCCAGCAAACUACAAUGUACCAACAGCAGCAGCAGAAUUAUAAGCGGCCAAUGGAUGGCACCUAUGGUCCUCCAGCCAAGCGCCACGAAGGGGAGAUGUACAGCGUACCAUAUAGCAGCGGACAAGGCCAGCCGCCACAGCAGCAGUUGCCCCCAGCCCAACCCCAGCCAACCAGCCAACAGCAGCCAGCCCAGCCGUCUCCCCAGCAGGACGUGUACAACCAAUAUGGGAAUGCAUAUCCCACCGCUGGUGCUGACCGCCGGCCGGCAGGAGGCCCUCAGAACCAAUUCCCAUUCCAGUUUGGCCGAGACCGGGUCUCGGCACCCCCCGGCUCUAAUGCCCAGCAGAGCAUGCCACCCCAGAUGAUGGGUGGUCCCAUGCAGCCAACUACAGAGGGCCCCCAACAGGGCACCAUGUGGCAAGGGCGCAAUGAUAUGGGCUACAACUACCCCAAUCGGCAGAACACAGGCUCUGCCCCUCAGGGGCCUGCCUACCACGGGGUGAACCGAACAGAUGAAAUGCUGCACACAGAUCAGAGGGUCAAUCAUGAGGGCCCGUGGCCUUCCCACGGCACCCGCCAGCCUCCAUAUGGUCCCUCGGCUCCUGUGCCCCCCAUGACAAGGCCCCCUCAAUCUAACUAUCAGCCCCCGCCCAGCAUGCAGAAUCACAUUCCUCAGGUAUCCAGCCCCGCCCCCCUUCCCCGGCCCCUGGAGAACCGCACGUCGCCCAGCAAGUCUCCAUUCCUACACUCGGGGAUGAAGAUGCAGAAGGCAGGUCCUCCGGUGCCUGCCUCACACAUAGCGCCUGCCCCUGUGCAGCCCCCUCUGAUCAGGCGGGAUAUCACCUUCCCUCCCGGCUCCGUGGAAGCUACACAGCCUGUGUUGAAACCUAGGAGGCGGCUCACGACGAAAGAUAUCGGAACUCCAGAGGCCUGGCGGGUGAUGAUGUCCCUCAAGUCAGGGCUGUUGGCAGAGAGCACGUGGGCCUUAGACACCAUUAACAUCCUGCUGUAUGAUGACAACAGCAUCAUGACCUUCAACUUGGGCCAGCUGCCGGGACUGUUGGAGCUGCUCGUGGAAUAUUUCCGGCGUUGCUUGAUUGAGAUCUUUGGCAUUCUGAAGGAGUACGAGGUGGGUGACCCGGGUCAGAGAACAUUGCUAGAUCCGGAGAGAUUCAAGAAGGCCUCCAGCCCGUCCCCAGUGGAAGGGGAAGAAGAGGAGGAACUUCUGAGCCCCAAGAUGGAAGAGGAAGAGGAGGAGGAAGAAGAGGAGGAGGAGGAGGAGGCUGCAUUUGCAGGCAAGGAUAAGGUGCUCUCAGAGAGCAGCGAGGAAAAGCUUGUCAGCAAGUUUGACAAGCUACCUGUCAAAGUGGUGCAGAAGAACGACCCGUUUGUGGUGGACUGCUCAGACAAACUGGGGCGAGUGCAGGAGUUCGAUAGUGGGUUGCUGCACUGGCGGAUCGGUGGCGGGGACACUACUGAGCACAUCCAGACCCACUUUGAGAGCAAGAUGGAGCUGCCUGCCAGCCAGUCCCGGGAGCCCUUGCCCAUGGCCCCUCAGAAGCGGACCCCCACAGCUGAGGGUGCCCCGGGCCUGAAAGAUAGGGAGGGUCCCCUGCCCGACGGCCCCUCAGAGAAGCGGAUCACUGCCACCAUGGAUGACAUGUUGUCGUCGCGGCCCGGCACCCUGCCCGACGAGGGGGCCAAGAGCGCAGAGGCCACCAAGGAAAGCGGCAAAUUCCCCUUUGGCAUCAAUCCCGUGCAGAGCCACCGAAAUAUUAAGAUCCUGGAAGAUGAGCCCCACAGUAAGGACGAGACCCCGCUGUGCACCCUCCUGGACUGGCAAGACUCCCUGGCCAAACGCUGCGUCUGCGUCUCUAACACCAUCCGCAGCCUGUCGUUUGUGCCGGGCAACGACUUUGAGAUGUCCAAGCACCCGGGGCUGCUGCUGAUCCUGGGCAAGCUCAUCUUGCUGCACCACAGGCACCCUGAGCGUAAACAGGCACCACUGACCUACGAGAAGGAGGAGGAGCAGGACCAGGGCGUGAGCUGCAACAAGGUGGAGUGGUGGUGGGACUGCCUGGAGAUGCUCCGAGAGAACACGCUGGUCACACUCGCCAACAUCUCAGGCCAGCUGGACCUAUCCCCGUACCCUGAGAGCAUCUGCUUGCCGGUGCUGGACGGGCUCCUCCACUGGGCCGUCUGCCCCUCAGCCGAAGCCCAGGACCCCUUCCCCACGCUGGGCCCCAACGCCGUCCUCUCCCCCCAGAGACUGGUUCUGGAGACGCUCAGUAAGCUCAGCAUCCAAGACAACAACGUGGAUCUGAUCCUGGCCACACCCCCCUUCAGCCGUCUGGAGAAGCUCUAUGGCACCAUGGUGCGCUUCCUCAGCGACCGCAAGAACCCCGUGUGCCGGGAGAUGGCCGUGGUGCUGCUGGCCAACCUGGCCCAGGGCGAUAGCCUGGCGGCGCGUGCCAUCGCCGUGCAGAAGGGCAGCAUCGGCAACCUGCUGGGCUUCCUGGAGGACAGCCUGGCUGCCACGCAGUUCCAACAGAGCCAGGCCAGUCUCCUGCACAUGCAGAAUCCCCCCUUUGAGCCGACCAGCGUGGACAUGAUGCGCCGGGCGGCCCGGGCGCUGCUCGCCCUGGCCAAGGUGGACGAGAACCACUCGGAGUUCACCUUGUACGAGUCACGGCUGCUGGACAUCUCGGUGUCGCCGUUGAUGAACUCAUUGGUCUCACAAGUCAUUUGUGACGUACUGUUUUUAAUUGGCCAGUCAUGACAGCCGUGGGAUGGACACCUCCCCUGUGUGUGUGUGCGUGCGUGGAGAACUUAGAAACUGACUGUUGUCCUUUAUUUAUGCAAAACCACCUCAGAAUCCAGCCCGCCCUGCGCUGUCCUGCUUCUCCCUGGGGGAAAUCUUUCCUGCCUCUCUCACCUCCCAUUCUUCCCCCCCUUCCCCUCCUCUGUCCUCCCCCCCACCCCCACCCCCCUCCCCACCCUACUCAAGAAGACAGUUCUGCCUACAUAGAAGACUUUUUUUUAUUUUAACCAAAGUUACUGUCGUUUACAGUGAGUUUGGGGAAAAAAACAAAUAAAAUAACGGCUCGCCCAGUUCUUGCAUCGAUGGGACGCCACCUUUCAUAACUGUUUUUAAUGGUAAAAAAAAAAAAAUAGAAAAAAAAAACACAAAAACUCUGAAGGACAAAAAAAAAGGUGACUGCUGAACUGUGUGUGGUUUCUUGUUGUACAUUCACAAUCUUGCAGGAGCCAAGAAGUUACCAGUUGUGAACAGACCCUGUUCAAUGGAGAGGCCUGUGCAGUAGAGUGUAGGAGCUUCAUGUACUGUACUGUACACCUUAUACUGUAAACAUACUGUAAUAAUGUCUCACAUUGAAAAAAGAGAAAACGCUGGAUCAGCAGCAAGCUGUAGUUUUUAAAAAUGUUUUUAGUUAAACGUUGAGGAGAAAAAAAAAGGCUUUUCCCCCAAAGUAUCAUGUGUGAACCUACAACACCCUGACCUCUUUCUCUUCCUCCUUGAUUGUAUGAAUAACCCUGAGAUCACCUCUUAGAACUGGUUUUAACCUUUAGCAGCAGUGCCCUGCGCUGCCACGUGUGUAUAUAUAUGACGUUGUACAUUGCACAUACCCUCUGGAGCCCCACAGUUUGGUCCCUAGCCACACCCCUGCCCUCCCCCUUUAUAGUAUGACGAGUUAACAAGUUGGUGACCUGCACAAAGCGAGACACAAUUAUUUAAUCUCUUGCCAGACAUCUCUCCUCUUGGAGGUGAUGCUGUACAGGUCUCUGUGUAAAAAGUCAUUGCUGUCUCAGCAGCCAAUCAACUUAUAGUUUAUUUUUCCUGGGUUUUUUUUUUGUUUUGUUUUGUUUUUGUUUUGUUUUCUUUCUAAUCGAGGUGUGAAAAAGUUCUAGGUUCAGUUGAAGUUCCUGAUGAAGAAACACAAUUGAGAUUUUUUCAGUGAUAAAUUCUACAUAUUUGUAUUUCAAACAAUGUAGCUAAAAACUUGAUGUAAAUUCCUCCUUUUUUUCCUUUUUUGGCUUAAUGAAUAUCAUUUAUUCAGUAUGAAAUCUUUAUACUAUAUGUUCCACGUGUUAAGAAUAAAUGUACAUUAAAUCUUGGUAA